AUGGAGCGUGGCAGCAAGUCCGCUUGGGCUCCCCUUGUAGAUGAGGCCACCGGCAAGGCCUACUGUGGCCACGUGCAGACGAGGUACGCGACGCGGCCGAACCGUCGCUUUUCGUUCUUUUUAUGGUCCGGUCUGUAUUGGGCGGGCAAGCUGCUCACCUGGCCCGCCGAGAAGACCGUCGAGACCUACCUUUACAUCUUCAACCGCGACAUCAAACCAGGCAGGUAUGAACAGUGGUCCACCGUUCGCGGGGAGAAGAUCCACCGCGCGCUGCUCCUGGUGGUGAUGGUACUGUUGGGCACCAUUGCCGUCCUACUCUUCCCCUUCGUGACUCUGCGCACGCAGAACUUGGGCUUUCUGCCCCACCUCAGCUCGGCCAACAACCUCGCCAAUCCGACGAAGCGUGUCAAGUACCUCCUGCAGGAACUCCAACUCGGCAGGGACGACGUGCUAUGUUUCCAGGAGUGCUUCGACUUGGCCGCCACGAAGGCCAUCAUCCGGGGUCUCAACCGGGAGCCGAAGCAGGGCCUGAGCUCCGGCCCGAGGCUAGCGAGACACGACUCGGCCGGCGAGGCCCAAGACAUGCUGCGCCGGAGCCACCCCUCGGACGAAGACGACCUCGAAGGCGGUCCCACCGUCUUAAAAAAAGAGAAGCCGAUCUAUCCAUGGAUCGUGGCGGACUGCGAUCCGCGUUCGUACCGUCUCAACUCGGGGCAGGUCAUUGCCAGCCGCUACCCGCUUGCCAACCCCGAAUUCGUGCGCUACACCGAUCGAGUCGGCGAGGACAAGAUGGCGGGCAAGGGCGUGCUCGGGUGUACUGUGAUCUUGGGAACGACCGCCGAUGGCCGCAGUCUCAAGCUGACCAUCUUCACAACGCAUCUGCAAGCGGGCAGCGCCCCUCCCAAAGAUACGAUCCACCUGCAGCAGAUCAGGACAGCCGCGAAGUUCGUGCGAUACUACAACCACAAGCACAUCGACGAGCGCCAGGACGUGUGGGUCGGCGCCGUACUCAUGGGCGACUUCAACAUCGCGCCGCUCAAUGGUGACCCCGAGUGGUGGGGCAGUGGGAAGCUCACGUGGGAUCGGGAGUGGGCGGCCAUGAACCAGGCCUUCCACGCCCACCACAUGAAGAACUUGUUCUACGAGGAUACGGAAGACGGUGAGGUGCGCACGCGCAACCGAGACCUGUUCCUUCGGUUCCAGGACGUGUUUGCCGACCGGCUGCGGACCCUGGUCGACGAGAUCAAAGAGGUGCGCGCCUCGGCCGCUGGCGCCGACCAAGACGGGGAGGCCCAGGCGGGCACCCGAUUGCGCAUCGACGCCAUCGGGCUCACCAAUCGGAUCACGGCCUGGCUCGGCCGGCGGGAGGAGGCGAGGAGCGCCCGAGCGCGCGCCCGGGCCGCAGCGGCGUCGGACCAGCAGCGCAAGGGCAAAGGUAAGAAGAAAAAGGAAAAGAAGAAGGAAGGAAAGAAAAAGCGGGUGAAGCAGGCCGAAGUGUUGGUGCAGACCAGCGACAUCGAGGUGGUGGACGACGACGACGAAGAUGAAGGUGGAGACAGAGACGGAGACGACAGCGACAGCGACGAUGGAGAGGCGGAGGUGGCGGAGCUGAGGGACAUGCUGACGCGCGAGCUGGUGCGCCAGGCGCGCGCUGUGACGGGCUGGCGGCGGACCGACCAGUGGUUCGCCGAGGAGCGGCCGCACCAGCACCGCGAAGGAGCCGCCGACGAGGCUGAGGCCGAGGCACAGCCGCUGGAGGCAAUGGUGGAGCUGCUGCGGCAGCUGCGGGCCAUCCCGAGUGACCCCGUCGUGGAGCUGUUCGCCCACGAGCGGCGGCUCGCUCUGCUGCGCCGGGCCGAGGGCGGCCACGACCAGGAGCGCGGCAAAUGGGGCCGGCCCAAGCUGCGCUGCGAUCCGCGCGUCGAGUACGUCAUCCCCGGCACCUCCAUCGACAAGGACCACUACGAGGGGAAGUUUCCGGACGAGGUGGACUUCAACGACAUCGACCACGUGUGGUCGCUGGAGAGGUUCCGGGGCGCCGAGCCCCGGAUGGAGCGCGUGCGGACGCGCUUGGUCGAGUACCACCCCUUCUUCUACACCGACCACCUCGGCAAACGCCUCGAAUUCCAGGUCGUGCUCCAGGACUGA